AUGAUAUGUGAAUAUCUCCAAUUUAGGAGAAUUAACGGAAGGGCAUUUCCAGCGAGGAAAACCAAUUCUGGAGUUAAUUUCCCCAAGGUCCGCUCGCUCGGUUUGGCAGGACUUGACCCUGCGGGAGCCUCGGGGCCCGUGAAGCGCCGGAACUUUUGGAGACGGUGCGUUAGGAAGUGUUUGGAAGAGCACCGCUCCCUCAGCAUCGGGCUGGAGCGACACCCCCGAGCCAGCGCCUGCAGCGCAAAAACGCUGAAAGAGCCGCCAAGGGGACCGAGCAUCUUCACCCGAGCGGCCUCUCCCGCCAUCCCCCGCCCUCCUCUCCCUCCCCAGGGCGCUCCCUCCGGGCACAGGUCCCGCACCGCUCCCCGCACCUGCCGCGCUGCCUCGCCCCGGCCGCCACCUCCCUGCGGACCCCCGGGGCGGGCGGUUCUGCCGGGGCCGCUCCGGACCGCGCCCCCGGCUCUGCCCCCGCCCGUCCGCCCGGCCCGGCGCGGCCCGGCCCGGCUCAGCCCCGGCGGGUCCCGCCGCCGCCUCCCGCUCACCUGCGGCCCCGCCGGGAGCGGCGCGGAGCGGCCUCAGCGCCGGCACCGUCCGGGCGCCAUUUUGUCUCCAGCCUCGGAAGUGACGUUGGGGGGAGGCCGCGGGCAGGUCCCGGCGCGGGACCCCCCCGACACCCCUUCGUUCUCUGCAUCCUCUUCAUCCCCUUCGUUCUCUGCAUCCCCUUCAUCCUCUGCAUCCCCUUCGUCCUCUUCAUCCCCUUCGUCCUCUUCACCGUCAGCAUCGCCUACAUCUCUAACACCCCCUUCAGUCUCUUCAUCCUUUGCAUCGCCUUCAUCCUCUUCAUCCCCCUCCAUCCUCUUCAUCCCCCUCAUUCUCUUCAUCUUCUUCAUCCUCAGCAUCUCCUUCACCCUCGGCAUCCCCUUCAUCCCCUUCAUUACCAACACCCCCUUCAUCCCCAACAGCCCCUUCCUCCUCUUUAUCCUCAGCAUCCUCCCCACACCCCCUUCAUCUUCUUCAGUCUCUUCACCCUCAGCAUCCCCUUCAUCCCCAACACCCCCUUCAUCACCUUCACCUCCUUCCAUUCCCUUCACCCGCAGCACCCCCUUCAUCCCCAACACUCCCCUCCUCGCUUUCAUGCCCAACAUCCCCAUCAUCUCCAACACCCCCUUCAGCCCCUUCAACACCUUCAUUCCCAACACCACCUUCAUUCCCUUCACCCCCUUCCAUUCCCUUCACCCCCCGUGCCCCCUCCAUGCCUUCCAUCCCCAACACCCCCUUCAGCCCCAACAUCCUCUUCAUCGCCUUCACCCCCUUCCAUCCCCUUAACCCCCAGCACGCCCUGCAUCCCCUUCACCUCCUUCAUCCAUUACACCCCCUUCACCUCCCUCAUCCUCUUCAUCCCAUCCACCUCCU